GGCGCCCCGCGCGGCGCGGCCCGAGGGCCUGUGGCAGAGCUGCUUCCUGGAGGCACCGCCCGGGCUCGCCCUCUGCGUCCUGCUGGAAGCCCUCGCCGCCCCGGGCCCUAACUUUCAUCCGAGGGAGGUCGUUGAGGUGCUGGAGCAGUUCCUGCAGGAGGGACGGAUUUCAGCUCUGAUGUGGGAGGUCUGCCAGCAGCAAGCACAGGCUGGCUCACCUGAGCUGCAGGAGACCCUGCUCAACAAGAUUGUAUGUUUGCCUGAUCACGUGAGCAAUAAACUCCAGGGGAAAAACCCAGCAAUAUUCUUCCCUCAGAACUACUUUCCUUUCCUGGGUGGUGCAGUUAUCCAGGUGCUGCAGAAAAUCUCUGAUUCUCUAAGAGGUGGCUUGGAUUGCUCAAUCUCUUUUGUUUCUCAUGUCCUGGGGAAGGUGUGUGUUCAUGGAAGACAAGAAGAAAUUCUGAGCGUUUUGCUACCUCGCCUAACGGAUCUCACCAAGUCAGACUGCAUCUGGCAAAGAAUAUGCUGGCGAUUGGUUGAAUGUGUGCCAGACCGCUGGAUGGAAGCAGUGGUCCUUGGUUUUGUGCAGAGAGCACCUGGGGCAGAUGUCUUGUCUAGGUUGCUGGGGAACCUGGUUGUGAAAAACAAGAAAGCUCAGUUUGUGGUGACCCAGAAGGUCCUGCUUUUGCAGUAUGGCCACACGACUGCAGUGCUGCAGAACCUCCUUGGCUACCUGUCCCUGGAUAGCCUUCGGCGUGGCUUAUUGAUCAAAGUGCUGCAAGACCUGUUGGAGACCUGGGGCAGCAGCAGUGCUGUGAAGCACUCUCCACCUGAGCAGCAGCAGUAUAUUUGCAAGGCCAUCCUUAUCUGCCUCUCCCACCUGAAGGAGCCCGAAAUUGAGAGCUGCAGACAAGAGCUUCUCACAAGCAUGAUGGAGGGCGUGAAAUGCCACUUGGACAGCAAUCUGCCACAAAUACGGUGUCUGGGAAUGAUUGUGGCAGAGAGCAUCAGUUCAAAAAUAAACACUGAUGGGCCUGUCCUGAAGUUUCAGUAUGAAGAAAAUGAUGAAGCAAGAGAAUUGAAGUCCCUUCUGGUGCAGACUCCACCAUUCUGUGUUGUCCCCAGCCUUCCAGAUGAUGACAGGAAUGAGAAAGCAGAUGCUGCACUGCCAUUGGUAUUGGAAAGUAACAAGAAAUCACAUACAGCAGCUCCUGUGAUGCCAGAUGAGGAGUCGGAUGCUGAGCUUGACAGUGAUGACGACCUCAUCCCUUAUGACAUGUCAGAGGAUAAAGAACUAAAGAUUAAGGCUCCCGUGUAUAUCCGAGACUGUAUUGAAGUCCUGACGGGAUCCGAAGAUGUGGACAAGUGGGAAGCUACAGUCAAGGCUCUUGAGAGCUUGGUUCGAAAGAAUCCGGCAGCAACGAGAGAGGUUAGCGUGGAGCUGGCAAAAAUACUGUUGCAUCUGGAGGAGAAGACCUGCAUUGAAGGUUUUGUGGAGUUCCGUCAGAGAGCUCAAGUAGCUGUUUUAACCACAGAUCCAAUACCUGUAGCAAAGUACUUGACCUCCCAGUUCUAUGCUCUGAACUACAGUCUUCGUCAGCGCAUGGACAUUCUCGAUGUAUUGGUUUUGGCAGCUCAGGAACUGUCCUAUCCCAAAUCCCAUGGGAAGACCAAGCAUUCUGGUGCCCCAAAACCUUGUAUCCAGCUCCUGCCUGGAAGUGACAGUUCUAAGGACUGGAGAAGAAUUGUUGAUGAGAGGAUCAAAAGCAAGACCCAGAGAUUUGCUUCGGGUCAGUCACAAGUGGAACUGGCUUCUGGCCCAAAUGAGUUCAAUUCUGUUGUUGGGCACUUCUUUUUUCCACUGAUUCAGCACUUCGACAGGCCUUUGACAACAUUUGAUCUCCUGGGGGAAGAUCACUUUGUCCUCGGAAGACUAGUCCACACUUUAGCAAUCCUGAUGUACUUGGCUGUCAACACUGUGGUAGUUACUGCAAUGGGAAGGGCACUGAUGGAGUUUGUUUGGGCUGUGCGUUUCCACACUGACUCGUAUGUGCGCCAGGGUCUUUUGUCCUGUGUCUCCUCCAUGCUCCUCAGCGUCCCUACGGAGCGUCUUCUGGAAGACAUGACAGAAGAGCUUCUGGAGGCUCAGUCCUGGCUGGAAGAUGUGAUGGAGAAAGAUCCAGAUGGGGACUGCAGGAGGCUGGCCUUGCAGAACUUGCUACUAAUGGAGAACCUGAAAAAGAAACUCAGAACUGUCCCUUCCUAGCUGAAGGAUCAUUGAUGAAGACACAUUAAAUAAAGGUGAACCGGGUGGAAUACGUGCUCUUAUCAUUCAUCUAACCGAACAGCGCUCCGGUCAGUUUUCAAUACACACAACAAUGCUGCUCUCAAA